AUGAUUGAUGAAAGUACAGUUGAUAUUGUUAUUAAUUAUUUUCAAAGAUCAUUUAUGUGUAAUGAUGAAUAUAUAAAUAUUAUCGAAAAUAUUAAAUUAAAUUUAAUAUCAACAUCAUUACCUAUUCCAACAACAAUAAAUAAUCAAACAAUAAUUUAUGAUAAUGAUUAUCAAUAUUAUCAAGAUGAUAUUCAACAAAUUGAAUCAACAACAAUACAACAAUUAAAUACAAUUAAUAAUAAUAAUAAUAAUAAUAAUACAAAAUCAAAUUUUUCGGCUAAAGGUACAGAUUCAACACAUUCACAAUGGAAACAAGAUGAAAUAAUACAAAUACAAAAAUUCCAUGAAGAACAUUUUAUUUAUUUAUUUUAUAGAUUUUAUUCAAUAUUUUCAAAUAAAUUAUCUGAAGAACUUUUUUAUGAUAAUUUUAUUUAA